UCGCAAACCAGGGUUUGCCCCCCCAAACACGGGGUUUUGGUUCUUGGCACCCAGAAAGAGGCUGGACCAGUGAGACCAGUGACUAUCAAUCCACACCAAAAACAAAAACAUUUCAGAGGGAUACUAGAGGGUUCAACCCGCGUUAUUUUUUCACGGGGAAAUCACGGGUCCACCACGGUUUCGUCACGGGUUUGGCCAACGUUUCCCGGGUUUCCAGACUCAAAAGGACAGAGAAUACAUAUAUAAGAUAGUGAUAGAGAGCUGGUUUUGUGGAAGGCCGGUGAUUCUGGACUUUGCCCUUCUGCAUGGGUGAAUAUAUGUGUGUUGUUUCUUUUUCCCCCUCGGGAUCCCGGUUCCUGGACCGCAAAUCCGAGAUUGAGAUCAAUCGAGUCGUGAGGCUCGGGAGAUGGAUGGAUGGAUGGAUGGAUGGUUCGAGCUGCGUGUCAUCUUCUUUCAUCUCGAGACGAGAGUGGUGAAAAACACAUCUCGUUGAUUGGAAUUGAUUGGACCUGUCCAAAGCGACUCUUCAUAAAGACUCCUUUGUAAAGCAAAGCUAAGUUUAAGAGGGUUUGGGGUGUCCAACACUAUAGUUAUCUAUAGUUGGCUGGGUUUGUCGAUUUUGAGAAAACCCUCCAAACAGCUCUUCAGUGCAUACUAUACUGUAUGAGAAUGAGAAGAUAUUGAAACAAUAAGUAAAAAAACAACAACACAUCCAAACCGCUCACUAGUACAGAGGGAGAUCAUUGCUGUAUUAAUAUUUCAAGAAAUGAACGGAUACCCGUAUUGGUCGGGCCACUUAGUCAUGAAAGAGUUUGGAUCAAACACAUGCACUUACUGUGUCUUGCCUUGUAGCACCUCUUAUUGUAUAAUCGAGCCCAAGUAGGUGGACGUCCUUUUGCCGGGAUUCGCGUUUGGGCCCUCGGGGGCUGAUGCGGCUUCCAAGGUGUUAAUGGACGUUGGCGCCGAAAAAAUGUUCAGGCCGAACAACCUGGAGCUGGGACCGGAGGAGACGGGUCCAAGACCUUUGGACUCGCUCUCUGGCAAGCUGGGCUUUGCGCCGCCAGCGCGCAGCUACACCUUGCGCGCGGGCUGCCGGAUCCAGGUCUUCGACUUGAAGCGGCAGACGGAGCUCAACGGCUCCAUGGGAGUGGCCUUAGAGUGGGUACAGCAGAUUGAGCGCUGGAAGGUGGUCUUGGAUGAUGGGUCCUCCUUGUUGCUCCGUCCGGCCCACCUCACUGCCGUGGGGAAGGGCUGGGACUCCGCCUCGGCACAGACCUGUGAGUGAGGCUGAAGAGGGCCAAGCUUCUUUGCGUAGAAGCAGCGGGAGCACUGGAGCUGAUCACAGCCGUUGUGUGUAGAGCCGGCG